CACACGACACGAACAUCUCUGGAAUUUUCUGAAAUAUUACUACUAGUAUUUAUUAGUAUUAUGUGAAUUAAAUAAAUUUAUGUGAAUAUUCAGACUUCAGAGUUGUCUUUGUCGUUUUGAGAUUUUUUGAGAGUAAAAGAAGAGGAGGUGAUAAUGGCAACAAACGGGGGUGCUAAUAAGAAGGUUUGUGUAACUGGGGCUGGAGGGUUUGUAGCAUCAUGGCUUGUUAAGCUUCUUCUUGCCAAAGGUUACUCUGUCCAUGGAACUGUCAGACAACCUGGUAGUAAGAAAUAUGAACACUUGCUUAAACUCGAGAGAGCUUCUGAGAACCUUACACUUUUCGAAGCAGAUAUCUUGAAUUAUGAAUCUGUUUACAAAGCAAUUGUCGGAUGCACUGCUGUCUUCCAUGUUGCAAGCCCUGUACCUUCAACAGUUGUACCAAAUCCUGAGGUAACCAAAACAUAUUUCGAAUCUUCUUCUCUUGUUUUCGGUGUAUGUUUGGUUCCACUUUAUGAGGAGGCAAAAUUGAUUCAAGAUGUGUAG